AUUUUGCGAUACAAUUCCGUUGCAGGAAAGAUGAAAGGUUUCUUCAAACGCAUCAAGAAAAGCAUUGUACAAAGGAAGCCGCCUUUUAAACAGACAGAUGCACAAACACGUAGGAAAAGUCUUUACAGACCCGAAGACAAAGAGGAAUGGCGAAUCGACACGAAAUUUGACGAUAACGAUAUAGAUCUCUAUUCUGAGUACGGAAACUUGCAACAGUACUCCAGGUCUGAUGAUGCUCCAACAAUACCUGUCUCAGAUGACCUUGAUGCACAUGAUGAUGCUCCAAAAGAACCUGCCUCAGGUGCAAGCAACGAUGAUGACUGUAGCUUCAGAAAGGAAGAUAACUUAAAACUGUAUGAAGAAACAAGAUUGUGGUGUAAGAUGGACAGAAAGGAAGCAGAAGAACAACUAUUGAUACCUGACACUCCUUCAGGAACGUUUCUCAUAAGAGAAUCUAGAGAGGGAAAUUCCCUUGUGCUAUCAAUUAGAGACUUUGAUCCAAAGACAAAUAAUGCGUAUGUCAGACAUUACAGAAUAUGUCGGACAAAGAACGGAGGAUUCUAUAUCACACCAAAGAGACCUUUUGACAACAUGCUUGAUCUGAUCUUCCACUACAGAAGUAAUGUAACGGACUUACUCUACGAUAAGUUGAAGAUUCCGGACACAGUGAUUCAACCUCUUGUAGAGUUCAGGGAACUAGAGGUGUCGCGGGAGUCGGUGAAACUUCUCAAGAAACUUGGAAGUGGUAGUUUUGCAGAAUUUUAUCUUAGUAAUUUGCUUAAUACGGUAGACGUGGCUGUGAAAACAUUGAAGCAAGGUCAGAUGACGGCGGAUGAUUUCAUGGCGGAGGCGAAGCUCAUGCAUCAUUUAAGACAUAAUAAACUGGUACAGCUGAUGGCAGUGUGUACAAAAUCAGAACCUAUCUACAUUAUAACUGAGCUCAUGAUUAAUGGGACUCUAAUAGAUUAUUUACGCUAUGAUAAGGGCAGAACCAUUGACUUCAAUUUAUUAGCUUAUAUGGCUGGCCAGAUAGCAGAUGGUAUGGCGUAUAUGGAGACAAAGAACUAUGUACACAGAAAUCUGAGAGCUACUAAUAUUCUUGUUGGUGAUCACAACAAAGUUAAGGUGGCAGGUUUUCGUCUUGCCAGAUCAAUUCAUGAAAGUUUUGAUGACGCGCAUGGACAUACAAAGCUCCCUACAAAAUGGACAGCACCAGAAGCAGCAUUUUACAGAAAAUUCAGCAUAAAAUCAGAUGUAUGGUCAUACGGUGUGUUGUUGUAUGAACUGAUCACUUUUGGAAGUGAUCCCUACGCUGGUAUGAACGGACUCGUGGUGCUGAAGCGUUUAGAAGCAGGAUUCAGAAUGGACAAACCAGAGCCGUACUAUAUUCCUUGUCCUGACCCUUAUUAUGAAAUAAUGCUGAAAUGUUGGAACAGUAUUGCAGACAGUAGACCAACAUUUGCUUUUCUCCAAGAUUACUUCAACAACUAUAUGAUUUAUGCUGAAGAAAUGCAAUUCAUAUCACAGUAUACAAGAGAACAAACUCGACAUAGUGACGACACUAGAAAGCUUGGCGCAACUGGCGGAUGUGUGGACGAUUAUGAAGCAGAAACGCGACUCGAUCCUCAGCAAUCUAUGCAAGUGUCUUCUCCACAGAUAUAUGAAAGCGUUCCAAAUGCAGUAACAACAGAACAAACUCACCGGGGAAGCAACACUGACAAGCUUGGCAUUACUUCUGGAUUCAGCGUGAAAGCCUUGUACGAUUAUGAAGCAGGAGCAGACGACGAGAUAUCUCUUUACACAGACGACAUUAUAACUAAUGUGGAUCCAGCAAACGAAUAUUGGUGGAUGGGAACAACAACAAAUGGUACACGCGGCCUGUUUCCAUCAAAUUAUGUGGAGAUAUUUGAAAGUGCUUAUGCUGAAGUAACAAAACACUAAAGAAGUAAAAGAUAUUUGAAUGAAAUUGCAAAUACUUGAGACAUUGGAACACAUAUUGUCUUAAUGGUAGAUACGUAGGUGUUAAUAGUUUUAUAUAUCCAGGUAUGAACUAAAUUGCUUUUAUGCAAAUAACUCCAUAAUAUUGAUUAUUGUCUAGAAAAAAGUGUGCUGAAGCUCUAUUAUUCUGAUGACAAAUAAAUAUAGUAAAGAUCUUCUUAUAAACUUUGAUAGUGUGGCAGUUUACCUCAAAACGAUGGACACUGGUUAUUUUCCAAUACAGGUAAAUCAACAAGGAGGUACAGAGUUAUCAGUCUAACAUUUGCAAUAAUAGACUAUUUCGCCUACAAAUGACUAUCCAUAAAUAAUUUGUCUAUAUUACAAGAUUUAAUGUUGCAUAGAGCCAUUAGGUUAAAUGUAGAUAUAAUAUGUUUCUGCCCAUACCUUUGUCAGAUACUUUAACAUAAUUAAACAUUUGUCAUUAUGAAAAUUCUAAUUAAAAUCAGUCACAUAAUGUAGAGAUGGUACCUAACCAAAUAAAUCAAAGGGGAACAACUCUGAAUUGAUCAGUAAACUGAAGCCAACAUUAAACAUUGAUCAAAAGUGAAAAAAAAUCAGAUAGGUUCUUUUUCAAACAACUUACCAGGCAGACAAAAUAUGACCUACAUUUGUUUAAAUCCUUUGUAUUCAAUUUACAAUAUGCACGCUUUUCUUAUGACUUACACUGACAGUUAUUUUGUAAGUUGUAGUGAAGCCCUGAUAGGAAGUUUAGUAAUGCAUGAAGAUUAUAUAAAAUAAUGCAUACAUUCCUUUGAAGAAAAUUAACGACAUUAAGAAACGUUAUUGAGUUUUGAUCUUUUAGCCAAAGUUGUUUAUUUACUGUUCUCAAAGUGAUACACUGAUUUUGUGACAGGAAAGGCCGUACCGGCGACAGUAACCAUCAGAACAAAUCAACACCCUUUACAAUAUUUACAAAUUUAUCUACAUAAGAUGAUUAUUAACAAUGAAUAGAUGAUAUGAAAAAAAAAACAACUGAUUAUAAGAAAGAAAAAAAAUCAAAGUUCAGUAUCUCCGGAUACAAAAGAUCUUACAGUUCCAUUCUAAGGUGACGUGUCACAGUUCUUUAAUUUAAUUGCGAACUUUAAGUAGCACAAACAAUAUCAAAACGUAUCUUGAAAUAAAGUCCCUUUAAACCGUGAAUACGUUGAUUCCGUAUUGGCUCCCUAUGGUGGUAGGUGAUUGCAUCCCUGAGCUGACUUCAGAGGAUAACAAAAAUCAGCGUCUUUGCGGUUUACGGCACAACCAUGGGACGAAAGCUCUGCGCUGGGAAUAUCACAUCCAGGCGAGUGAAGACAAGUGAACCUCGGGCAUUGCACUUCCGGGUUAUGACAUCACCAGGAAAAAUCGUCUGGCGGAAGAAGCUAAAAUAUAUAACAUAUGGUAAGCACCAUAGCAAAACAAAUAAGUCAGGGCAUAUAACUGCUCCUUUGGGUACAUCAUACCUCCGUAGGCUCCCAUAAAUAAUACGUGCUACUUAUACAAAACGUAUGUGCUACUAAGUUCAGACGUCACAUGAUUAAAAUACGUCACUAAUUACUUCCAUUAUCACAAAAAUUACUUACUUAAAAGACUAAAGUUAAAGUAUGAAAAAAAAAUAUAAAAAGUAUAUGAUGAAACAUUAUAGAUACGGACAUGAUAAACUGCAGCUAUUAUUUACAACUACAAAUUAACAAAAUUCAAUAUAAAUCAAACGUUAUAUCAUAGUUGGUAUCGAUAUAAUAUCUAAUGCCAUACACUACAACGGACAUUAAUUAGAUGUGCUAUAGACUGGCACACAAUUACAAAUUACAAUAAUAUAUUACAUACAUGAUACUAGACUUGCCAUAUAGAUUUAUACAUAACAAUACAAUGCAGUAAUGGCGUUCCAUAACAACGAAAUGUUUGACAUGUGUUUUUGAAACAGUACUUUAUAAAUAUCAUGUUACAAAUUUCAGUGCAAAUUUUACAUCUUAUAUAAACGAAACAUUUUAGAUUCCUCUUUCGAAAUAAUUUACAAAAGUCUGAAAAAAUUAAUAAAUUAUCCUGACAUACCGAAACUAGCCAAAAUCAUAUGCCGAAAAGUAAAUGUUACAGAAUUCUGUAGAAUGCACAAAAAUUUACCAAAUAAAAAUCGUAAUGCAAAAAUCAUACAAAAAUCUAACAAAUAAACUUCUUACCUCGAUCGAGCAUAAAUUUCUAGCAAGAAAAUAAUUCAGACAUAGAUUCGUCUAUAAUGUCGGAAGGUGGUGUGCGCAAGGCAUAUCUAGCCCAGUCUAUUUAAAGGGUAAUGUCCCGCCAAAUACUAAAUUUCAUGGGAUUCACGGCCUAUGCGUGAACUCUUGACUAUUUCUAUUUUCACGGGAUUCACGAUAUAGCCGGGGAAUCUAACUACUUUGGCGCGGAUUGAAAUUGACAAUUUGAGGCCCAUUAUAGUGGUUUUGGGGAUAAAAACAUAAAUUACUGAAGUUUAUAAAAUAUCAGCUUUCUUAUUACUGAACCGAAUUUAAUAAAAUUUACAUGGAAAUUUAAGUUAUGAAAUACAGAAAAACAUGAGAGGUAUUUUAUGCGUGAAAUCUGACAUUUACCUCAAUAACUCAAAAAUUUACAAAAAGAUGAUGCAAUACCUGCAUUUACACUACAGAUAAAAUAAGGCCCUUAUGUCAAUUUGUGACAGAUUUACACAACAUUUAUAUAUCAAAAUGUAAAAUGUAUAUAUCCAACAAUGAGAAAUAACAAAAAAAGUUAAAUUGGUAACACAAAAAUUCAUUGGCGUCAAAUAUAAUUAUAAUGAUUUAAGGUAGUGGUUGUAAUUACUACAUGUUAAUGUAGCUGACAGGCAAUGACUCUAUGUAAUGUAUUUUAAGCAAUUCUCAAUUUAAACAUUCUCUUGAGGGAAAAGCACGAUCAUUUGCUUUCCUUGAAAAACGAAUAAAUGCUGAAAAAGCAUAUGGAGAUUACUCUAUUUGAUGAUUUUCUUUCAGGUCAACUACCCUAAAUAAACUAAAAGGUGUUUUAUUUAUUGUUGAAAAACAAAAUAAUCGGAUAAUUACAGAUAUCAACAUUAAUUUAAAACUUAUACUGUUUACACAACUUGAAAAAUGUAUUUUGUUGGGGCCUCUCAUUUACAAAUAUAUCAACAAUUAUCACCUGAAUUGAGUGCAUUCAUGAGUGGAAUAUAUUGAUGGUAAAAUGGUGUAGGGGUUUGUUUACAAUAUAAAAUCUUUAAUAACUUCUUUAAGGUACAUUUUUGGUAUGGUUUUGGUAAGCUUAUAAUAAAGAGCAUGUCAUUCUCUUUCACUCAGAAUUUUUUCAAGCGUUUUAGACUCUUGGCCAGUCUUGGAAUUUGACUUUAUUAAAAGACAAAAGGAAGUUCAGUAUAGGCUUUUUCAAAAUGUUGAAAGUAGAGUAAACUUACCUUAUUGAUCGCGGCCGAUGAGGCCGCGAUCAUUUUGAAUAGGACAAGUACCUGCUGGGGAAAAUAUUUCAUGAUGGACCUGUGAAUUCUUUACUUGUGGGUGAAACAGGUCUCAUAAGCGUAAAUACGACUAGCUUUUACUGAUUAUAAAACAUACCGUACGAUUUGUUGUGAAUUAACUGUUGUUGUACUUUUAGUAGUUCAACCGCCACCCUUGUUUAAGAGCAACAUUUAAAAAACACGUUUUCUUUUCAUCCUCAAGUAAUAAGUAGACUCGCCCAGUUUAUUCAAUCCAGACGCAUGCAUAGAGCGCUUACUUCCCCCGAUUUACAUUCGGAACAUUUUCACGCGUUUCGGGCUUUAUCGUAUGUUUAACAUGGGAUUUUUGAACCGUCCAAAGAUGUUGGAAAUGUUUGUCUCAUUGUUUAUUUUUUUUUAAUAAAAAUGUUACUGCUUU